GCCUUACGUUACGUGCCCAACUGACCACAGUCUCUGCUGCUGAUCAAGCCUUGGAGUUAUCUUCGGCAUUUCAUGGUAAGAAAGGGCGACUAUGGAUCCCCUCUCUGUGACUGCAUCCAUUGCGGGCAUCGCAGGAGUCUGUAUCCAGGCAGCCAGCUUACUCGAUACCCUUCGGUCCAAAAUUCAAAAUGCCCACAUUACCAUCACAGCGCUCUCAUCGCAGUGCCGCGCCAUCAAGACGGGCUUAUCGCAGCUGCAGACACUCAUCCUUCAGAACCACGCGAUUCGCGACCAGCCCGAUGUCAUCCUCACGCUAGAUACAACGCUCACCGGGUGCUUGGUUGUGCUGACGUGCUUUGAGGACUUGCUCGACAAGCUGUGCGACAGGGCGGUGCUGAUGGGGUCUCGUCGCUCGCUCGCCCGGAUGUGGUGGAGCAGAACGCGCAUUGCCUGGAACGAGAGUGAGAUGAAGGACUAUCUCUCGCUCCUGCAGGGACAGCAGUCCGCCGUCGCCUUCCUGGUUCAGGUCCUCCAUAUGAACUCUAUCGAUGAGAUUCUAGAGAGCGUCAGAAACGGAAAGGAUCUUCUCAACAACCAGACGACGAGGGCCGAGUCUGUGCGAUACGCGAACCCCCAACUCCAGAUUGCCGACUCCGUCCUCGGCUCCCGACACACUGCCGACACCAUCUUCCAGGACAGAAAUACCGUGGCUGAAGGCGUGGAGUUCGAGUUUGACAAUGCCGUCGUCAACUCCAAAGCCUACCGCCGUGUCGUGGCCAUGGCGACGAAGGUUAUCACCAAGAGGGGUACCGGAAGACCCAAGUCGAUUAUGAACCUCGAGAACACGAGCUUUGACUCGAAGGCUCAAUCACUGCCAUUCAUUAUGCCCAUAUCUCAAUCUUCUGAUGGCAGGAAGGAAGCGUCUCCGUCAGUUUCGCCACUACCAUCUACAAAAUCUGAAGCUUUUGAGUCACCUCCACCUAGUCCUGGUAUUCUGGCUGAUAAAACCAGCGGAGAAGAUGCCAACGGCCUUCGCGCACCCCAAGGCGCGGCAACAAUCCUGGUGGAUGCUCUCAGAAUACGACAUGGUCAAAUCGGGGCGGUCUAUGAUAUUGACUACUUCGACAUGCGGUGCCAGAAACUCCUUAGUGCUGUGAUUCAGUGGGUUCUUCGCUUCUCGAAGUUCUCCGACAUGCGUUCUAGUCGUCUUUCUUCAGAAUUAAAUGACGAGAAGCUCAUUGACAGGCUGGAAGAUUCCAUUCUGGACGGCUCCGACGUCGACACAUACCUCGCUGAUCGAGUUAAGCGGCGAGACAUCUUUACCUCAAUGAUCAUGACCAUGAUCUGGGAGUUUGUCUUCACGCGUUAUCUCUUCGGGAUGGAUCGAGAGGAGCGGCAAAAGCUGAAAGUGCUCGAGAAACAACUGUCAGGUGUCGGCCCACCGGAGGCCAUUCGCGCCUGGCGGGCGACUACGUUGAGUUUGCUCUCCAACAGACCAUCGUUCAAAAAUCAACGGGAACAGGACACUCACGCGGUCACGGCGGCAAUUUUGGAGGAGCUAGCGAAGAUCCUACCACCCCCGCUAGCUUUGCAGGACCAGAUUCAGAUGCAGCUCCACAGAGUCAUCUGCGAUGCGGUAGAAUUGUCAAUUCUCAUGCGCACGCAGCUAGCAGAAUAUGUGAUGCUCCCUCCGCUACGGCCCGAGUAUGAUGAUACUGGAGAGUUGGUUGAGGUGGUCAGUUUUAACGCGGCAUUGAUGAGUCAGUUGGGCCGCCAGCGAAAAAUGGAGGAUCUGGAACUCGAACAUGAAGGGGCUGUGGUGAGGAUCGUUUUGUUCCCCCUGGUAGUACGCAAGGGAGACCAAGAAGGAGAAGGCGAGGAUGAGGUCGUGGUACGUCCGGCACAGGUUCUCGUGCAACCCAAGGCAACCAAGGAACUAGUGCGGACGAUUGAAGUCUCACCACCCAGUUCACAGCAACUCAGUUAAAGCAGCAGUAGCUUAUAACGGUGCACGACUGCGGAAAAUUGCUGAAGAUGAAAUUCAGGACACGCGUUUUGCUAUUAAUAAAGUCCACGCAUACAACUCGA